UUAGGUGUUGGGUGGGAGAGUGUGCUACUGAAGAAUAGUGAGACCACCUCGGAUGCUAUAGAGACAUACGGCGCAGACAUGACCAUCACGAAGCCUCCCCAACUUUCCGAGGAUGAUCUCUGGCUAAAGAACGAGAGAGAAAAGUGUAGUACUCACUUCCUGGAGCCUGCUGCCAGCUCUCUUCCCCCAGAUCACAAAAACAUGGAAAUUGAGGUUUCUGUGGCAGAAUGUAAGAGUGUUUCUGGAAUCGCCUCUAACCCACACUUGGACCACACCACCCCCUACUACUCAUCCCCACACAAUGGCCUCUUUGCUGAUCACCAUGAAUCUCUGGAUAAUGAUGUGGCCAGAGAGAUUCGCUAUUUAGACGAGGUACUAGAGGCCAACUGCUGUGAUUCUGCCUUGGAAGGAACUUACAACGGCACAUCAUCCCCUGAGCCUGGAGCAACCAUUCUGGGGGACAGCUUUAGUUCACUCUCUCCCACAACCACUCCCCAAGACCUUGCUAAGAGAACCACCGGUUGUCCCAACCCACCUCACAUUGAGCUCUGUCAAAGCAACUUUGAUACCAUGGCAGAGGGGGGAAAAGAAAAUGGGCACAUGCCCAUGCACUCCCGAGAUAUGCUGGGAGACAACCUGCAGCCCCCUGUCAGUCCUAGCUCCUCCACCAGCUCCAGAUGUUCCUCCCGAGAUGGGGAGUUCACGCUCACCACGCUGAAGAAGGAGGCCAAGUUUGAGCUGCGGGCCUUCCACGAAGACAAGAAACCCAAACCCUCGAAGCUCUUCGAGGAUGACGAGAACAGCCGGGACCAGUAUUGCGUGCGGAAGGUGAGGCCAUCUGAAGAGAUGAUGGAGCUGGAGAAGGAGAGGCGGGAACUUAUCCGGAGUCAGGCCAUGAAGAAGAACCCUGGCAUCGCUGCUAAGUGGUGGAACCCACCCCAGGAAAAAACCCUGGAGGAGCAGCUAGAUGAGGAGCACCUGGAGUCUCACAAGAAGUACAAGGAACGCAAGGAGAAGAGGGCACAGCAGGAACAGAUGCUGCUACAACAGCAGUUGCAGCAGCAGCAGCAGCCCACACCCCAACUCUCCAUAGCCCCUGCAUCCUCUCCGCCACGUCCAAGCAUGACUGAAAAUGCGAAGGACAUUGUCACAGAGCAGAUUGAUUUCUCUGCUGCCCGCAAGCAGUUUCAGCAGAUGGAGAGUUCUCGGCCAGCCUUGGCUAAAGGCCAGAGUACACCCAGGCUCUUCUCCAUCAAGCCCUUCUACAGGCCUCUGGGCUCCAUCAACUCUGACAAAUCGCUGACCAUUUCAAGACCAGCUUCUCUUGGGGCGUCUCCAGAAGACAGUGGCACAUCAGCUGCCAAGGGGCAGAAAAUUAGUUGUGCCCCAGAGAGCCAGCCUGCAGGAGGGGGUCAGGUCAGCCCUACUCCUCUGGGAAAGGAGGCAUCCUACACCGAGCCCUCCAAACGAGGGCCCUUAUCCAAACUCUGGACAGAGGAUGGAGAGUUUACGAGUGCCCGAGCGGUUCUCACCGUGGUCAAGGAUGAGGACCCAGGGAUUCUGGAUCAGUACUCUAAGUCAGUCAAUGCCUCUUUGACCCAAGAGGAGCUGGACUCAGGUUUGGAGGAGUUGUCAGUGAGGUCCCAAGAUACUACAGUCCUGGAGACCCUAUCCAAUGAUUUCAGCAUGGACAACAUCAGUGACAGUGGAGCCUCCAAUGAGACCACCAAUGCCCUGCAGGAGAACUCCCUGGCCGAUUUUUCUCUGCCCCAAACUCCCCAGACCGACAAUCCUUCCGAGGGUCGCGGGGAAGGUGUCUCUAAGUCAUUCAGUGAUCAUGGCUUUUAUUCCCCCUCUUCCAGGCUGGGAGACUCUCCAUCCAUGGAUGACCCAUUGGAAUAUCAGGCCGGGCUCCUGGUGCAGAAUGCCAUUCAACAGGCAAUAGCUGCCCAAGCAGACAGAGCUGGUACCCAGGCCAACAGGGCUGGGGCCGAGCAACAGGAAGCUGCCCAGGAGGAAGUGGAAACUGAGGCUGUCAGCUCAGGGAAGCCUCAGAGCAUGUUUGAGCCCCCUCAGGUGUCCUCUCCUGUUCAGGAGAAAAGGGAUGUUCUACCAAAGAUCAAGCCUGCUGAAGACAGGGUGCUCAGGGAAAGGCGGCUCUCCCAGCCACUGCCGGCCACCCAGCCCAGUGGCCCCAUCAAUAUGGAAGAGACCAGGCCUGAGGGGAGCUAUUUCAGCAAGUACUCAGAAGCCGCCGAGCUCAGAAGCACAGCCUCACUCCUGGCCACUCAGGAGUCCGAUGUGAUGGUUGGGCCCUUCAAGCUGAGAUCAAGGAAGCAGCGGACUUUGUCCAUGAUCGAAGAAGAGAUCCGAGCUGCACAGGAAAGGGAAGAGGAGCUAAAGAAGCAGAGACAAGUCUUGCAAAUUGCCCAGAGUAGCACCAGGGCCAAGAAUGCCCUCUCUCUGCCUUCCCGGACCUCGUGCUACAAAACAGCCCCAGGGAAAAUAGAGAAAGUCAAACCUCCUCCAUCCCCCACACCUGAAGGCCCCAGCUUGCAGCCUGACUUAGGGCCUGAAGAGGCUGCCGGAUCCCAGCGGCCCAAGAAUCUGAUGCAGACCCUCAUGGAAGACUAUGAGACACACAAAUCUAAAAGGCGCGAGAGAAUGGAUGAUAGUAGUUACACCUCUAAGUUACUGUCUUGCAAGGUGACUUCCGAGGUCCUUGAGGCCACACGAGUUAAUCGAAGAAAGAGCGCAUUGGCUUUGCGCUGGGAAGCCGGAAUCUAUGCCAACCAGGAGGAAGAGGAAGAUGAACAAUAAAACUUCCUUCUACCAAGGAAGCUUCUUUGGUGCUUGGGUUACCAAGAAACCAAGAAAUCAACACAUCAAAGCAUUUUAAUGGAAUAUUUAUUAAAGUGCAAACAAACUCAGCAAUCCUUAUGUAGACCAGAAGCUGCAAUAUACAAAGAUAAAAAUAAUUUUAAACUGAAAAAGAAGUUCAUCCAUCAAACUCCAGCUCCCAAGAGUCAAAAGAGAAAGGAAUUUUGGGAACCUAAAAGAAUCACUUGGAUUUGGAUUAAGCCACAACCGAUCCAAAAUAGGACAAAUGGUUACAAGCAAACCAGCAUCCUUGCUAUUGGAGAGACUGGAGACCAGCCUCACUGGGAGUAGAAGAAAAGCAGUGGUGAUGGGGCCAUUUAGAGAAUAUUAGAGCCACAACUGGUGGGAACUUCACAGCACUGGGCCCCUCCCUACACUAGUUCCCACCCAAAACUCCCAGCAAAAAGGUUGGGCUGACUCCAUGCACUCUAGCAGCCAUAAAAUGAACAGUGUUUCUCUCUGUAUUUGCCCAGAAAAGGCUAUCAUGAUUCCAUUUCUCUUACAUUAAAUUGUUUUUAAUGGGGGGCUGUUAAGGAUUGCAUUACACAGAAUCCAUAUUUUUAGACCAUGUUUCUUCACGUUGCAGACACAAUCAAUUCUACAUGAGGAGGUUGGGAGGGGAAGAAAGCCAAACCAAAUGGAUCAUGUUAGCUUUAGUAUCUCUGCUGCUUACCAUAUUGACUGAUCUGCAGUUUAUGAGGACACAUUUUCACAAUGUAUGUUAUAACUUCAUAAGAAAACUAUAUUUAGUGUGCAACAACUAUUUUUAUGAUGGGAUGGGGAACCUAUUACAUGUUUUAAAUCUAUACACAAUGAACAGCUUGGUUUAAGAUGGUAGGGGUAUUUUUAGAGUGGCAAUAAUUGAAAAAAUAAAAAGGGCGAACUCUGCCUUUGAGAGGUAGAUGACAAGAAAUAAGGGAGGUGUUUAUAACUAUAUUUUGUAUUACCAAGUGGACCUUAGGGAUAGCAGGAAGAAUGAGAGAUUAUUUUAGGUCAAUCAGAAAUGAAACAUUAGGAAGGGUUGUGAAGGUAGAGAAGAAAGGAAGGAGAAAGAGUGAGUGGGGAAAUAAAGGAGGAAGAGAAAGACUAUUUUUGCUGAACAAGCAGUAUUUUUCAGGAUGCCAUAGAGAAGUAUAGAAUAGAAAUGUAGGCUUAGGCUUGAAAUCAGCUACAAAUCCUAAAGAUGGGAUGUGUGUGUGUGCGCACAUGUGUGUAUAGAACUUUGUGUGUAAAGUGUAUAUGCUUUGUAUGUUUGUGUAAAGUGUGUCAGGACACGUGUGUGAAGAUGACAAUUCCAGAAUGAUCAUAUGGGACAAUACAAUACAGUUAUUGCCUCCAGAGCUGCCUGCCAGUAUUGGGAGUAAGUGAGAACUUCUUUUUAUGAAAAGGGAGAUAGAGAUGUGGAGCUGAUGCAGUAUUUAGAAUAUGAAACUGACCUGACAUGGUGUUAGCAUGAGUCACAUUGGCAAAGUUUUGAGCGGUUUUGUAAUUUGAGAAAGUAUCAUAUUUAUUCUCGCGCUUUAUAUUCAUGCCUAGAAUACUAUAGCAUAUGCCAGCUGUACUUUUACUGUCCUUAAAGCAAUAUAACAGGAUCAGGGUAUUCAAUAAUCGGAUGCCCUCAAUUUCUGGAUGAGAAAAAUAUUUUCAAUUCUGGCCAUUAAAUAAUAAUAAUAAUAAAUUGAUCAGCCUUUUUUUUAAAUCUCUCUCAAACUAUAAUUGUUUAUGAAGAAAAAGCAAUAAUUAAGUCAAACCUCACUAACACUCAUUUUUGUUUUUAUUUUGUUACAUCAUAAGCUUUACUAUGUUAUUGACAAAUAGCGAUUGCACAAGAUUUAUAUGUAGAUGUUUUCUGCACAUCACCUUUGCUUCUUUGUUUUUAGACUAGUUUGGACUUGAAGGGAAUGUUGAUUCUCAGGCACGUGGUGGGUACAGAGUAGCACAGAAGUCUGACAACUGGUAGUGAAGUGGGAGGGCAUUUGCCUUGCACACGGCUGACCCAGGAUGGACCACAGCUUGAUCCCCUGGCAUCCCAUAUGGUCCCCCAAGCCAGGAGCGAUUUCUGAGUGCAUAGCCAGGAGUAACCCCUGAAUGUCACUGGGUGUGGUCCAAAAACAAACAAACAAAAAAACAA